UUGCAUCCAGAAAUCUUUAGACGAUAUCGCACAAAAUUCAACCAUUCGAAAUGACGUUCCUUCACAACAAACAGGCUCAAAACAAAAGAAUUCUGAUACUGGAAAUACGUUGUCUAGCCAUUGCUAGACAACGUAUUUCCAGUAUCAGAAGCAUGUCUGUUGUCGAUGAAUUGAAAGGUGAUUGCAUCCAGAAAUCUUUAGAUGAUAUCGCACAAAAUUCAGCCAUUCGAAAUGACGUUCCUUCACAACAAACAGGCUCAAAACAAAAGAAUUCUGAUACUGGAAAUACGUUGUCUAGCAAUGAAAGCAUGUCUGUUGUCGAUGAAUUGAAAGGUGAUUGCAUCCAGAAAUCUUUAGACGAUAUCGCACAAAAUUCAGCCAUUCGAAAUGACGUUCCUUCACAACAAACAGGCUCAAAACAAAAGAAUUCUGAUACUGGAAAUACGUUGUCUAGCAAUGAAAGCAUGUCUGUUGUCGAUGAAUUGAAAGGUGAUUGCAUCCAGAAAUCUUUAGACGAUAUCGCACAAAAUUCAGCGAUUCGAAAUGACGUUCCUUCACAACAAACAGGCUCAAAACAAAAGAAUUCUGAUACUGGAAAUACGUUGUCUAGCAAUGAAAGCAUGUCUGUUGUCGAUGAAUUGAAAGGUGAUUGCAUCCAGAAAUCUUUAGACGAUAUCGCACAAAAUUCAGCGAUUCGAAAUGACGUUCCUUCACAACAAACAGGCUCAAAACAAAAGAAUUCUGAUACUGGAAAUACGUUGUCUAGCAAUGAAAGCAUGUCUGUUGUCGAUGAAUUGAAAGGUGAUUGCAUCCAGAAAUCUUUAGACGAUAUCGCACAAAAUUCAGCCAUUCGAAAUGACGUUCCUUCACAACAAACAGGCUCAAAACAAAAGAAUUCUGAUACUGGAAAUACGUUGUCUAGCAAUGAAAGCAUGUCUGUUGUCGAUGAAUUGAAAGGUGAUUGCAUCCAGAAAUCUUUAGACGAUAUCGCACAAAAUUCAGCCAUUCGAAAUGACGUUCCUUCACAACAAACAGGCUCAAAACAAAAGAAUUCUGAUACUGGAAAUACGUUGUCUAGCAAUGAAAGCAUGUCUGUUGUCGAUGAAUUGAAAGGUGAUUGCAUCCAGAAAUCUUUAGACGAUAUCGCACAAAAUUCAGCCAUUCGAAAUGACGUUCCUUCACAACAAACAGGCUCAAAACAAAAGAAUUCUGAUACUGGAAAUACGUUGUCUAGCAAUGAAAGCAUGUCUGUUGUCGAUGAAUUGAAAGGUGAUUGCAUCCAGAAAUCUUUAGACGAUAUCGCACAAAAUUCAGCCAUUCGAAAUGACGUUCCUUCACAACAAACAGGCUCAAAACAAAAGAAUUCUGAUACUGGAAAUACGUUGUCUAGCAAUGAAAGCAUGUCUGUUGUCGAUGAAUUGAAAGGUGAUUGCAUCCAGAAAUCUUUAGACGAUAUCGCACAAAAUUCA